AUGCCCGUUCUUGUGAAAGAGAAGCACGAUGCCGAGAGCCGCCGGCAGCUUCCUACGUCUGCCAACAGGAUCUGCCCGCUUCCCCGAGCACACGUCCCAUCCCCGACCGCAGCACAGCAGCCGCAGGCAGCCGUGGAGCCCGUCAGCCUCUCGGCUUCCCCGUCACAGGUAACAGAGAAGCCAGCACCCUACACCAACGUGAUCAUGCCCAGUCUCUUCAGCAUCAUCUGUUUCCUGGGCAUUGUGGGGAACCUCGUUGUCAUCUACACUAUCGUCAAGAAGAAGAAGCUGAGAUGCAAACAGACCGUGCCUGACAUUUUCAUCUUCAACCUCUCCAUUGUGGACCUCCUCUUCCUCUUGGGCAUGCCUUUCCUCAUCCACCAGCUCCUAGGCAAUGGCUCAUGGUAUUUUGGAGCUCCCCUAUGCACCAUCAUCACUGCCCUGGACACCAACAGUCAGAUCACCAGCACCAACAUCCUUACAGUGAUGACACUGGACCGUUACCUGGCAACUGUCUACCCUCUAAAAUCUACCUACGUCCGGACCCCGUGUGUUGCAGCUCUAGUUAUCUGCUUGGUGUGGCUCCUUUCCUUCCUGACCAUCAUUCCUGUGUGGAUGUACGCAGGUCUUAUGCCUCUGGAGGAUGGGACUGUCCGCUGUGCUCUCUUGCUUCCCAAUCCAGAGACCGAUAUCUACUGGUUCACCCUCUAUCAGUUCAUGCUGGCAUUUGCUGUGCCAUUGAUUGUGAUCUGUGUGGUCUAUUUUAAGAUCCUCCAGCACAUGGCCACCACUGUGGUCCCACUGCCCCAAAGAAGCCUCCGGGUACGUACCAAGAAAGUCACCCGCAUGGCAGUUGCCAUCUGCUCUGCCUUUUUUAUUUGUUGGGCUCCCUUCUACAUCCUCCAGCUGGUUCACCUCGGCAUCGACACACCAUCCAUGGCCUUCUUUUAUGCCUACAACUUUGCCAUUAGCUUGGGCUAUGCCAACAGUUGCCUCAACCCCUUCCUCUACAUUACCCUCAGCGAGACCUUCAAGCACCAGUUCUUAGUGGCCAUCCGCCCUGCAAAAGAGCCACGUCGCAACAGCAGCUCUGUCAACAACAACAGCAUGACAGAGGCCAGUGUGUGUCUAAAACUGGCACCAGAAUCUACUCAGCAGACUCAGUUUCUGGAGGACUUUUCCCCACAUUCACUGCCUGUGACUGUGGCUGUUCACUAG